UUUUUUUUUUUGCUCCCCCUUUGCGCUCGUGUCUCCACUUUUCUCCGCCUCAUUCCCUCUCUCCCCUCGCCAGAGAGAUGAUAGGCGUGCCGCUGCGUGAGUGAACACAGAGAAGCGAUGGAGAGAUGUUCCAUCGCUCCCGUCGCACGACUGAGCGCCCUCGUCUCCCUCGUCCUAGUCGCCCUGGUGACGCAGCCCUCCACCUGUCACCGGGACGACGAGAAGCGGGUGGAGGCCCCAGCCGUCCAGCUGUCCGUCACCACCCAGGUGACGCCCACCCCGCUUUGGGCGGUGGUCUGGGGGCCCACGCAGCCGCUGGAGGAUGAGACCUACCACCUCCUCUUCAGCCAGGAAACGGAGCAGCUGCGCGGGCAUGGGAGUCAGAGGGAGGCCAACACCGUCGCCGCGUCCUCCGAGGACUGGCUGUACCCCGACGUCAGCGCGCAUCCCAAAGAGGAAGUGCCCCCGAAGUCCCGGAACCAAGAGGGGGUGGAGGACGGGGGGGCGGCGGAGGAGGCCGAGCUGGAGGAAGUGGACCCUCAGUUCUACGUCACUGUGACCAUCUCCACGCUGCUCAUCCUCACCGCAAUCAUCAUCACGGCAAAACUCUGUUCUGAUCGCAGCUGUUCGCAGCAUCCGCCGCCGCUAUCUCGCGGCGUGGCCCUGCCCCUCUCUCGCGCACUCCCGUGCUCGCUGGCGUCUGAGGAGAGCCAGCAGACGCUGCACAGCACCUCCUUCUCCGACCGGGAGAGGAUCCCGGUGGUGAACCUGUAAGGCUUCUCUUUUUCCACUUCGACGGAGCCUCCAGAAUUUGUUUUUUCUUCCCGCCUGCAGCAGCAUUUUUCAUUUUCUCCCAAAGUGUGAAAUACGCGGAGGGACCGCAGUUAUUGGACCGCCGCAGAAGCCCCUCUACUUCCCUGAGGUCUUAAACCUAAAUUCAUCACGCCUCCCUCCCUCCCUUCUUUCCCCACACGUUCGGCGUAAAUUUCCUGUGCACGGCUCCGAGCUGUGCCAAACGCAGAGCUGCUGUGACAAAUCCACAAACAAACAAUUUAAUAGCUGUGCAGCAUCCCAAUUUCCAUCUCUGCGCUUCCAGUCACACAUG